UUAGUCACCUCAACGUUGCAUGGCGGCCAGACUCCGCCUGUCACCGCACUAUUCCACCUUAGCCAAGUUGGCUGCAAGUGACGAUGAUGACAAGCUCAGUCUAGAUGUGGAUGCCAAGGCGUCCGAAGAGAUAGCGGCGAUUUGCCGGCACUUGGACUUGAAGUGUGAGGUGCUUCCUGCCCCACCUGGCAGCAGCGCUUCCAAACGAAUCACUGUGACCAGGGCUCCCAAUGCUUUCGAUGAGGAAGAAGCAGAACCUGAAGCAGCCACUGUCGCACCUCGACCUGCGAUGGUCAGUGGUAAGGAACGCUUGGCGGAACGGUAUGGCAAGAAGCCUCCAAAGGCUGCGGUAGAGGCUGAAAACCUCCUGGAGAAGAGUGAGCUCCCAAAGCUGGCAGAUUUCUACAGGGCUUUGGUUGAUGCAUAUCCAGGUUUCCAUGUGCCAUUGGCCAAGCUGCUCAGUCAAAACUUGCGGGCUGCUGGUGUCUCUGGGGUCAGCUCUUCAUCAGAUAGCGAGGAAAAGAAGCGCAAGAAGAAGAAAAAGAAGGAGAAGAAAAAGGCAAAAAAAGACAAGAAAGCCAAGGAGGUGCGGGAUGUUGUUGCAAUGGCAUUGCUUACAGAGAUUGUAUAUUGCCAGGAAAACAAAAUGGAAAAGCUAAAAUCCGACUCCUCAGAAAAUAAAUAGCAUUCAGAAAAAAAA